GCAAAAGGCAUCCCUGAAGGAGUUAAAUGCCCCCUGCAGUCUUGGAAGAGGUGGGGGUGUCCUGGGCUGGGAGGAGAGGGCUAUAAAGUAGAGUGUGGGGUCUGAUAAGGAGUAAAAUUGCAGACAGAGAGCAGACAGUGAUGAGCACCUCACCAGAGAUGGAAGAGGAGACUGACAACUCAACCCUCUUCAUGGGAAUGGCCGACAACUCAACCCUCUUUGCUGGAAUGCCCGAUUGCGAGUACGAUGAGUGGGAACCAUCGGUUGGACUUAUACCCACUACUUACUUUCUCAUCUUUUUCUUGGGCAUCACUGGCAAUGGUCUGGUGCUGUGGGCCAGUCACCACCGCAGGGACCGUCAACGGGCAGCAGACACUUUCAUCGUCCAGCUGGCAAUUGCUGACCUGGCUUUCGUGGUGACCCUACCACUGUGGGCUGUCUAUGUAUCACUGGGAUAUCACUGGCCCUUUGGCAAUGUGGCCUGCAAAGUCAGCGGGUACAUGGUGCUUCUGAACAUGUAUGCCAGCGCCUUCUGCUUAACAGGACUGAGUCUGGACCGGUACAUAGUUAUUGUGCUAUCGCCAGGACCGGGGCACCCACGGUCUCCACUUUCCAGCCCAAUGGCCAUUGCGAUUACUUGGGCAAGUGCAGGUCUGCUGGCUCUUCCUGCCAUCAUUUUCCGGAACACAGGACAAGCAGAUGAGCUCUUUGACAACAGGACAAUGUGCUACAUGGACUACUCAGCAGUGGACAGCAGUGGGCAAACUCACCUGUGGGAAGCUGGCUUGGGAUUUUCCUCAACCUUGUUGGCCUUUGUGGCACCGUUUUGUGUCAUCCUCUUCUGCUAUGUGGGCAUUGGCCGCCGGGUUUCAGGCCACUUCCACCUGCCUCUAGUUGCAAGCAGGAAAAGGAGACUGUUAGCAAUAAUGGUUGGGCUAGUGGCCACCUUUGGGGCAUGCUGGGCCCCAUUUCACCUGGUUAAGAGCAUCUACGUCCUGAUGAAUGCAGAGGUUUUACCACUGAGUUGUGGUCUGCAUGUCUUUCUCAGUAAUCUGCAUCCCUAUGCCACCUGCUUAGGGUAUGCCAACAGCUGCCUAAACCCGGUCCUGUAUGCUUUUCUGGAUCCCAGGUUCAGAGGACACUGUCGCCGGGUGCUGGGGUGUGGAGUUCUCCUGAAGAAUACAGAAGGACAAACAGAACAGAAGGGUCAAAAAAACAAUGUUGGCAGCUCUUCUGGGGACUGUGCAGAAGCGGGGGGUAAGACCCUUAAGGUUUCCACAGAGGAGGAGGACAUUGAUGGAAUGAAAGUUUAGACAUUGGGGUAACAAAGUCCUAAAACUUUUUCAUUUAUUAUAUUUGUUCUGCUGCAUUUUUGGAUGUUGCAGUUUCAAACAAUUCCAUCUUAGGGGUGCAGUGACUUUGUUUUUUUUGUUGUUUUUUUAUUGUUUUUGUUUUUUGUUUUUGUUUUUUACAACCCCGGUUGGAAGUUACCCACUUUACAAUUUGAGAACAUUGAUGGACUUCAGGGUUAAGGAACUGUUUCCCCAAAAGACUAGAGCACUUACAGACUGGUGGGGUUUGGGCAUACAGAGGUUUUGUUCUUUGUUUGCUUUUGUAUAUACUUUUAUAAUAAAAACAUGUUUUAUGAGAA